AUGUCGUUCGCCGGUGGCAGGAGGAGGAGGCAGUUCCGGUAUUCCUCUCUAGCGGUGGUGUUGAUCGUCAUGUCGGUUUUACAGAUUUGGGUCUGCUCCGACGACCGGUACUGCAGAGCAGGGGCAAUUCGGGUACUUCCACCACCGGAUGGGAAUGUAAAUCAGCAUCAUCAUCUUCAUGUAUCAUCAGACCACCAUGAAGAACACGGAAAGAAGAAGGCUAGUAAAGAGGAGCUGUUUCGUAAGUUCUUCAGCGGGAUAUCAUCGGCUUCAAAAUUCAACAGCACUGAUAAGGGAUUCGAAGAUAGCAAACGAAGAGUGCCCAGCUGCCCAGAUCCUCUCCACAACUAG